AUGUCAUUUCUAGCAUCAUCUGGAGAUCUACCAUCUUCACAACCAGAUCAAAAUGUAUUUCCAUCAGAAUCAGAUAUAACAAUGCAAGAUGUUAGAUCAAGACAACCAUCAAAUGAUCAAAAUGAAGAAAUGAAUGAAAAUGAAGCAGAAGAAGUAGAACAGAGAAGAGUUGCAAGAAGAAUGAGAAGAAGAUUAGAAAGAAAUCCAGAUGAGAUACCUAGAGUUAAAGAUCAAACUGGUGUUUCACUUCAAGAACAAAUGGUUAAAUUUGUAGAAGACUUUGUUGAAGACAUUACUGAAGAAACUCGUGCUUCUGCUCCUUCUCAGUCAAAUUAUUCACAUCUGUUAUCCACCGAAAUAUCUCUUGCCAAUGCUAUCAGAGAUCAAUAUUAUCGAACAAGUGAAGUUAGACCUGAAUUAAUCUUUGGUACAUUUCUUUGUGAAGAAUGUAAAACGAUUGUAAAAGAUGUUGAACAACAAUUUAGAUAUACAGAACCAAAUAUUUGUCCCAAUAUUCAAUGUAAUAAUCGAACAGAUUGGAAACUUUCAAUUGAACAAUCCAUUUUUUCAGAUUGGCAAAGAGUUCGAAUUCAAGAAAAUUCAAAUGAGAUUCCAACCAGUUCAAUGCCCAGAUCAUUAGAUGUAAUCUUACGUGGAGAGAUGGUAGAAAAAGCAAAAGCAGGAGAUAAAUGUGUUUUUACUGGUACCUUUAUUGUUGUACCUGAUGUGGCUCAAUUAGGUUUACCUGGUGUUAAUACUGAAAUGAUUAGACAUGCUGGUGAUAAUGGUGGGAAAGGCGGUGGUGGUCCUGCUACUAUGGGUGUUAGUGGUUUGAAGGUUCUUGGUGUAAGAGGCUUGACGUAUAAGACAGCUUUCUUGGCGUGCAUGGUUCAAAGGGCAGAUUCAAGAGUCAAUGUCGCCAAUGUCCAGACUUUAGAUCCAGAUGUAGUGAACAUUUAUUCAAGAUCAGUUAGAUCAAUUGCACCUACAGUCUAUGGUCACAAAAUCGUGAAAAAAGGAAUUCUAUUACAAUUAAUGGGAGGAGUUCAUAAAACAACACAUGAAGGUAUUAAUUUAAGAGGAGAUAUCAAUUUAUUUUAUACCAGUGGAAAAGCAUCAUCAGCUGCAGGUUUAACAGCAGCAGUAGUCAAAGAUGAAGAAACUGGUGAAUUUACAAUCGAAGCUGGAGCAUUAAUGUUAGCAGAUAAUGGAAUUUGUGCGAUUGAUGAAUUUGACAAAAUGGAUAUUUCAGAUCAAGUUGUAAUUGAUGAAGCAAUGGAACAACAAACGAUCUCGAUUGCGAAAGCUGGAAUUCAAGCUACUGUUAAUGCUAGAACUUCAAUUUUAGCUGCUGGUAAUCCUGUGGGUGGUAGAUAUAAUAAAAAGAUGUCAUCAAGAGCUAAUGUGGCGAUGAGUGGUCCGAUCAUGAGUCGAUUUGAUUUGUUUUUUGUCGUUUUGGAUGAAUGUAAUGAGGAUGUGGAUUUUGCUAUCGCUAGUCAUAUCGUCAACGCACAUUGGUUUAGGGAUGCUGCUAUCACUCCGGAAUUCUCUACUGAUGCUCUACAGAGUCCUGAGGCUUCAGCUUUACUAGAACAAAAGUAUCGAGAUCUGAGACAGGAUGAUUCUCAGGGAUGGGGAAGGAAUUCUUCUCGAAUCACUGUUCGUCAAUUAGAAAGUAUGAUUCGUCUCAGUGAAGCUAUUUGCUCACGGUGUGGAAAUGACCCAAGCUCCACACCCGCACCAGCACCAGCACCAAAAGUGAAAAGAAAACCAACAGUUUCAUAUGAUAAGUAUAUGGGUAUGAUGUCUUUGAUCCUUAGUAAACUUAAUACAGUUGAAAGAGAAACUGGAGAUGGAAUGAAACGAUCUGAACUUUGUCAAUUGGGGAUAUCUGAUGGUUCAUUGAGUCUAUGGUGAGGACAAAUCAAGAUAUUUUUAGGUAAAGCUUCAUCAUUUGGAUCCGUUUGACUUGAUUUCAAGGAUAAGGAAUUAAAAUAAUCAGUUUAUCAACUUAUUAUUUGACGAGAGCGCUUAAAACUCACAUACCUCAAAAAAUCGAACAAAUCUUCAAUCAACUUUUCUUGAUUUGGUUCUUCUGAUUCUUUAAUCAUUCUUUUAGUCAAUAAAUCUUUUCCUAAUUUAACUUUAAUCCAUUCAUUUUCUUCUUCAUCACUUUCAAUUCCAUUACUUUUUCCAUUCUCCUUGUACUCUUCAAUUCGACUUUUUUGACUAAGAUUUGAAUUGAUUUGAAUCUCAUUAUCAUAAGUUUGACGAGUACAAAACGAAUCCAUGAUCACUUUUUCAUCAUCCUCUUGAAUUUCACCGAUUACUAAAUUAUAUCCAUCCAUAAGAUCUAAAGCACUAUUAUCCUUAAUGUCUUGAAGAUAUUCUUUCAAAGUUUGGGUGUUAGUUUGAACUAAAUAUUUUUUAAUAAAUUACCUCUACUUAUCCAUUUUGAUUUCUUUUGGUUUGAUGGAUUUAUGUUUGAAAGAUUAGUUAAAAAUCCAAAUCGAUUUAAUCUUUUGGU